CCUAACAUCUUCAGAAGAGAGAAAAAUGUCCAUCUUACUCAAUCUAGACUAGAGGGUUUAUAUUUUUGCACUGAUGCUUAUGGAGAUGCCUUAAUUAUAUUUUAGUAAAUAUAGCACUUAUCAUAAUAAACAAUGGUAAGGACCUUCUCCGUGUCAGGUUGCCAGACGGUGAGCUGCUGGGCUGGCAUCGACCCGGAGGCGUCUCCCAUGUCAGGUCACCGUGGAGAGGAAGACUGGAGGCUGCUGUCCGUGGUGCUGAAGCUGUCAGGACCGAGUCUUGCAGAACAUGGGUAGCAUGCGCGGUACAACUAAUUGAAGACCUGAAUGGAGCCUAAGGCGACCAACUUACUGCCGGCCCAGGAGGCUUCUAAAAUCUACCACACCAACUAUGUGAGGAACUCCCGAGCCAUCGGCGUCAUGUGGGCCAUCUUCACCAUCUGCUUCUCCAUCAUCAUCAUGGUGGUGUUCAUCCAGCCCUUUUGGAUCGGCGACAGUGUGAACACGCCACAGGCGGGUUACUUUGGCCUCUUCCACUACUGCAUCGGCAACGCUCUGACCUCGGAGCUCAUCUGCAAAGGAUCCGUGUUCGCAUUCGGCACCAUUCCCUCUGCAGCCUUCCGGACCGCCAUGUUCUUCAUAGGAACCUCCAUGCUGCUGAUUGUCGGGACCAUCGUGUGCUUCAGUCUGUUCUUCUUCUGCAACGCUGGGAACGUCUACAAGAUAUGUGCCUGGAUGCAGCUCGCCUCGGCGGGGUUGAUGGUGGGGGGCUGCCUGAUCUACCCGGACGGCUGGGACGCUCCGGAGGUGAAGAGGAUGUGCGGCCUGAUGACGGACAAGUACACGCUGGGGAACUGCACCGUGCGCUGGGCCUACAUCCUGGCCAUCAUCAGCAUCCUGGACGCCCUGAUGCUGUCCCUCCUGGCCUUCACCCUGGGGAACCGGCAGGACAAGCUGGUGUCCGAAAACGCUGGGGAGGCAGAGGGCCAAGCAUAAUUUGUAUUGAUCUUCAAAGCCAAGGAGGACAAAGAAAGUGCUGAUGCAUUUGAUCUCUUAUUAAACUCUGAACUCUGAAAUCUGAAACUGAUUACAAAGGUAAAGAACAAUAACCAAUGGCCAUAUAUCUUCUUGCCACCUUAUUUUUUCUUCUAAAUCUGCAGUAAAAAGCAAU